CUGCUGCAGGAUAGCAUGGUGCGGCGUGUGGCUGUUAUCGGCGCUGGAGUCGGCGGUUUGGCCUCCAUCAAGUGCUGCCUGGAUGAGGGGCUGGAGCCCACCUGCUUCGAGAGGAGUGAGGACAUCGGGGGUGUCUGGCACUACAUGGACACCAUGGACAGCAGGGGCAUCAGUGUGUACCGCUCGGUCAUUACCAACACCUCCAAGGAGAUGUCCUGCUUCAGUGACUUCCCCUUCCCAGAGGAUUUUCCCAACUACCUACACCACAGCCUCGUUCUGGAGUACUUUGGGAUGUACGCCCAGCACUUUGACCUCCUGCGGCACAUACGCUUCAAGACAACAGCUCUGAGCGUGAGGAAGUGCCCAGAUUUCGCUGCCUCAGGCCAGUGGGAGGUGGUCACUGAGACUGAUGGCAUCCAGGAGCUGCACAUCUUCGAUGCUGUCAUGGUUUGCACUGGCCAUUACCAGGAGCCCUACUUGCCAUUGGCUUCUUUCCCAGGUAUCAACAGUCGCUUCAAAGGCCAGUACCUGCACAGCCAGGAAUACAGAGAUGUGGGGGCUUUCCGGGGAAAGAGAGUCCUCGUGGUCGGCAUUGGCAACACCGGCGGUGACCUUGCUGUGGAGCUGAGCCGUGUGGCUGCGAAGGUGUACCUCAGCGCCAGGAGCAGCACAUGGGUGUUCAGCCGGGUCUCAGACCAUGGCUUCCCCUUUGACAUGGUGCACACCACUCGUUUCAAACACCUUCUUGACUGGCUUCUCCCAUCAGCCCUCACAAAGAGGCUCAGGUUUUGGAAGUUCAAUUCCUGGUUUAACCAUGCAAACUACGGCUUGGCUUCCACCAAAAGCUCCAACUUUCGCAUAAUUGUCAACGAAGAGCUGCCGUUUUGCCUCCUCUCUGGCACUGUUGUGUUGAAGCCUAACGUGAAGGAGUUCACUGAAAGUUCUGCUGUGUUUGAAGAUGGCACAGCCGAAGACAACAUCGACGUGGUGCUCUUUGCAACAGGCUACAUCUUCACAUUUCCCUUCCUGGAAGAGUCUGUUCGCAGCCUCUUUGAUGACAACCGUUCUCUCUACAAACGCAUCUUCCCUCCCCAGCUGGAGCAGCCAACGCUGGCCAUCAUUGGCUUAGUCCAGCUGACAGGCUCGGUGAUGGUGGGAUCAGAGAUGCAGGCGCGCUGGGUGGCAGGGAUCUUUGCAGGCUGGAACAAGCUCCCUCCCGCCACCACAAUGAUGGCUGAUGUUUUGAAGAAGAAGCCGCCGGUCAAAAGGCAUCCAUCUGAGAGAGAGAACUUGAAGUUAAGUUUUCUCAGCUACAUGGAUGAAAUAGCUUCACAUGCUGGCAUAAAACCCAGUGUGCUGAGGCUGCUGCUGACGGACCCCCGGCUGGCCCUGGCUGUCUUCUUUGGGCCCUGCACACCCUACCAGUACCGACUGGUGGGACGGGGGAAGUGGAGUGGGGCCAGAGACGCCAUCCUGACCCAGUGGCAGAGGACGCUGAAGCCCUUGAGAACUCGAGUGGUGGAUGACUCCUCCAACAGCUCUUACAGCUGGCACUGGCUGUGUCUCCUGGCCCUGCCAGUGGCUCUAACAGCAGGUUUCAUCCUUUCUAAAUACCCCCGACCAGGCUGGAGUACCUGGGCAAGACUACAGCUGUAG